ACCGAACAAAGUAAACAAAAAAAUUAUAUAUCGCUGCCACAAAUUGCGGCACUAAAAUGCUGAAUAUAUAAACAAAACACAAAACAUUUUCAGCAUUAGUUGCGAGUUUGUGUUGGUGUCGGUUUGUGUGUGUGUGUGUGAGUGCAACAGCAACAGCAACAAAAAUAACAACAGAAGCAGCGCAGCAGGCAGCGCGGCAGCACCGGCAAAAUGCCGGCGACAGCGAGUUUGUCCAUGUUGUUGUUGUUGUUGCUGGCUUCUAUCGCAAUCGCCGCUAGCAGCAAAUCGAAGCAGCUGCAGCAGCAACAGGAGUCCGUCGGCUCCACAACACAAACACUGAAUCCCUCUUCGACUGACAAAGGUCCAUGCCUGCCAUCACAUUUCACAUGCAACGAUGGCACUUGCAUACCAAUGCGCUUGAAAUGCGAUUCCAAACCGGACUGUAAGGAUGGUUCUGAUGAGAGCAGCGAUUGUGUCAAGUCGCCCAAGUGCAUCGCGGGACAAUUUCGCUGUGGACAGAGCCAGAAAUGCAUACCAGGCUAUUGGCUAUGCGAUGGGGAAUACGAUUGCGGCAAGGGCGACGUAUCGGAUGAGACCAACUGUCCCGAUGGCGUUGCGCGCAAAUGUAGCGCCUUUGAAGCCGAAUGCCACAAUGGCGCCUGCCUCGAGCUUUCGCGUUUCUGCGACGGCCACUGGGAUUGUGAUAACGAUGAGCUGCAUUGUGAUAAACAAAAUGUCGCCUGCGCUGCGCUCAACUGUAGCUACAAUUGCAAAUUGACGCCGCAAGGGGCACGUUGCUACUGCCCCGCCGGUCAGGUGGCCGAGUCUACGAACUCAACGCGUUGCGUGGACUACGAUGAGUGCACUGUGCCUGGCAUUUGUGACCAGCAGUGUAAAAAUACGCCUGGUUCCUAUGAAUGCGCCUGCAUCUCGGGUUACACAAAGCAGGGCAAACGUUGCCUGGGCAUUAAUGUGCCACCCUCAGAGCCAGCAACUCUCUCCACGCUAUCAAUGGACACAAUUCGACGCAUCAGCACAGCCGUUGACGCUGCAGGAGCUGGGCAAAUACUGUCCACACAGCCAGUGCAAUUCGUUUUGGCCUAUGAGGUGUGGCAUCGUAACCGAACGCUCUGCAUGUUGCAGAAGAUGAUCGAUCUGGUUAUGCAUUGCCAGCGCAUUGAUGACGCCAGCGUUAAUUGGACGCUACCCGUCUCCGCAUUUAACUCGCCUCACCAAAUUUUUGUCGAGCUACGUUUGGACUGGAUAUCGGGCAAUUGGUAUUUCCUGAACGAGGACGACGGCAUGGUCUUUCUGUGCACCAAUGCGGUCACCUAUUGCCGCCUCAUACUGCAGCAGGUGGAGCAGCCAUCGUCGUUGGUGCUCGAUUCAACCAAGGGCUAUCUCUUUUAUACGGACUGGUCGCCCAGCCUGUCGCGUGCCCUGCUGGAUGGCAGCAAUCGCACAACACUCGUCAGCACACAGGUUUAUCAUCUGAGUGGCGUUACAUUGGAUUUGGCCAGCGAGCAUGUCUAUUGGAUUGAUGUAUACAAGGAUGUCAUUGAGAGGGUGAACUAUGAUGGACAGCAGCGCUGGGCAUUGAAAAAGUCACCAGAUUCACCAUUUCCUUUGAAGACCAUCCAAGCGGUGGAGGUGUUCGAGAAUACAAUUUAUUUGGCUGCAUGGACAGACCGUGCCAUCGUUGGCCUGGACAAAUUUACGCUAAAGGCGCGCGUGCUGCUGGCGAAUGUAACACGUGGCGCACAUUUUCGCAUUUUCCAUCGCCAGAAGCAGCCGGAGGUGGCACAUCCGUGCCGGGAGAACAAUGGGAAUUGCAACCAGAUUUGUGUACCGCUAUGGACACGCGGAUUUGCCAGCGCCAAGUGCCUCUGUACAGCCGGCUAUAAAUUGCAUAACCAGACGACCUGUUUGCUCUCCGCUCACGAUAAAUUUCUCGUGUACAGCGACAAGCGUUUGGUUCGCAUCACGGGCGUGCCACUGGGCACCGAGCAGGUGCAGCAGCUACAACAGCUUGGCGAGGAGCCCGAUGUGAUGGUGCCCAUUUACAAUGUGACCGCCCCAAAGGCUAUCGAUGUAAAUGUGCGUGGCAAAUCCAUUUUGUAUGUGCUACCCGAUCCAGAUGUCUCACUCUCCACCGAUGAGCCCGUCUACGCCAUCAAGAGCCAGUCGCUCAAUGGCAGCGUAUCGCGUACACUGUCCACGGGCUGGCACAAGGUGCGUGCCAUGGCCUACGACUGGGUCAACGAACAUUUAUAUUGGUCGGAGUAUCAGAAACUGCAUGUCGCCCCCUUACGCAACAUGAGCAAAGUGCUCACAUUUAACAUCGAUUGCAAUCCCAUGUCACUGGAGCUCGAUCCGGGCACAGGACUUCUAUACUGGUCGCAAUGGUCGUCGCAGUCCUGCGAGGCUGGCAUAUAUAGCGCCUGGAUGGAUGGCACACACAAGGAGCUGCUGGCCAAGUCAACCGAUGGAAUGAGCAUGCGUUGGCCGCGCAGCCUGGACGUGGAUAGACGCACCAAACGCAUCUAUUGGUGCGAUUUCAAGCUGGGCACCAUCGAACGCAUGAAGUUGGACGGCACAGGACGAGAGCUGCUCUUCAAGUCGGAACAGUUUCAUCCGUUUGCCAUUGUGCAGCACAAUGGCAUUGUUUACUGGGCGGAUAAUAUCAAUUCGACCAUUUGGCGGUUUCAUGUGCAUCACGCCAAUAUGACAAGCACCUUUAGUUCGACGGUGCAUCUGCAGCCGAGCGGUAACGCUGUCGAUUUGCGCAUUUUUGAUGUUGCAACGCAACCGUUGCCACAAACACCUAGCUCCUGUGCGCUAUCCAAGUGUCCUGGCAUGUGCCUGAAUACGCCAAAGGGCGCCAUCUGUCGCUGCCCGGAUGGAUAUACUCUCAAUGGCACUGGCACCCAUUGCAUACCGCAGCUGACGCCAUCAACAGUCGCAGCUCCUGUGCGUUCCAAUUGUACGUCAGGACAUCAGUGUCGUAGCACGCAGCAGUGCAUCGAUGGCAAGGAUCUGUGCGAUGGCUUCGAGGAUUGUGACGAUGGCAGCGAUGAGAGCAACGAUGCCCAGGGUCCAUGCAAUCCACAAACGUGCGACAAGAAGCUGCACUUUGUGUGCAACGGACGCUGCUAUCAGCGUGCUCUGCUGUGCAGCUCCAUUGCUUACUGCUCCGAUGGAUCGGAUCAGAUGAACUGUGAGCAUAAUACGUGUAAUAGCAAUGAGUUCACCUGCGAGAAGAGCGGACGCUGCAUUCAACUCACUUGGGUCAAUGAUGGCGUCGUCGAUUGUGGUCCUGACGAUGGUUCCGAUGAGUCUUCGGAUGUUUUUUUUGGCAGCAAAUGUCCGGAAUUUGACUGCGGCAAUGGACGUUGUCGACAGUUUUCCGAUAUCUGCGAUGGUCUCGAUAAUUGCGGCAAUAAUGCGGAUGAGUUUGCCUGCGAGCACGAAUGCGGUCAUGGAGAGCGCUACUGUCGCCCCAUUGGCUGCUAUGGGGAUAUGUACAUUUGUGACGGGGUCAACGACUGCGAAGACUUCAGCGAUGAGGCCAACUGCAAUGAGACGAAGAGUGACAACAAACCGCUUACCGGCUGGAAGGAACUGGGCGAGUGUGCGCCCUUUGAAUUUGCCUGCGCUGAUCCCUUCGAGUGUAUACCAGAGUUUCUGCGUUGCGACGGCAUCAAUCAUUGUUUCGAUAAGACGGAUGAGGUGAACUGCACAAAACUGAAUCCAACCAAGUUUGAUAUGAACGAGACGGUUAUCUGUGAGGAGCCAGAUCGCUUGUGUGGCUUCAGUAACAAGUGCAUUACGGUUAGUCAGCUCUGUGAUGGCCACAACGACUGUGAGGAUACAACCGAUGAGGGUUUCCUGUGCGCGGACAAGCUAUGCGAUCAGGGACACGAAUGUUCUCAUAAUUGUCACAACACGCCCGAGGGUUACAUCUGCUCGUGUCCCCCACAUUUGUAUUUGCAGCCAAAUGGCAAGCGUUGCAGCAUGCAGCACGCCUGCGAGCACUGGGACACGUGUGCCCAGGUCUGUGAGAACAAUGGCAAGAGCUACGCCUGCCAGUGCCUCGAGGGCUAUGAUCUGUCAUAUGACAAGUUUACAUGCAAGAGCACUGCGCCCGAUGAGCCAUACGUGAUAUUUACCAAUCGACAGGAUAUUCGUGGCAUUAAUCUGAAAACUCUCGGCGCUAGCAGUUUCUAUAGCUCGCUGCGUAAUAUUAUUGCUCUGGACUUUCUGUACAGCAACGAGUCGAGCGUGGAGAUUUACUGGACCGAUGUCAUCGAUGAUAAAAUCUAUCGUGGCCAUUUGGUUGGCGAAAGUCUGAGGAAUGUGGAGGCCGUAGUGCACUCGGGUCUGUCCACCACUGAGGGCUUGGCUGUUGACUGGAUAGGCAAAAAUCUCUAUUGGAUCGACUCAAAUCUGGAUCAAAUUGAGGUGGCUCAACUGAAUGGCAGUUUUAGAAGAACUUUAAUUGCUGGCAACAUGGAGAGUCCACGUGCCAUUGCCUUGGAUCCACGCGAGGGUUUGCUCUUCUGGACCGACUGGGAUGAUAAUUCACCGCGAAUCGAACGCUGCAGCAUGUCCGGUGAGGGUAGACGCCUGAUCUCCACCAAUUGGCAGCUGAGCGCUGGUUGGCCCAAUGGCCUCACUUUAGAUUAUACGCAGAAGCGUGUCUAUUGGGUGGAUGCCAAGUCGGAUUCGAUAAGUAGUACGAAAUACGAUGGAUCUGAGCAUCAUGUGGUGCUGCGUAACAUGGAGAUGCUCUCGCAUCCGUUUGCCAUUUCCGUUUUUGAGAACUAUGUUUACUGGACAGACUGGCGAACAACGUCCGUGAUACGUGCCAACAAGUGGAAUGGCAGCGACAUUCAGGUGCUGCAACGCACACAGACCCAACCGUUUGGCAUACAGGUGCUGCACUCGAGUCGCCAGCCCUGGGAUCGCAAUCCGUGCGGAGAUAACAACGGCGGCUGCUCUCAUCUAUGUCUAUUGAGUGGCAGAGGCACCUUUAAGUGCGAGUGUCCCCACGUUAUGCGCUUGGAUCCGGCGGAUGAGCGUAGCUGUGUGCCCAACGAGCAGGUCCUGCUCUUUGUCAUGGGUGAGGAAAUACGCGGCAUUGAUCUGCAUCAGCCCAAUCAUCAUACCAUACCCACCAUUCGACAAUCACCUAGGUUGGUGGCUCCGCAACGCAUUGAUUUUCUAGUGGAGGACAGCUACAUCUAUUGGUCCGAUAUACAACAGAAUGAGAUCUCCCGUGCGGGCAUAUCUAGUGGUCUGAUUGAGCCGAUUAUCAAUACGAACAUUGAGAAGCCUUAUGGCUUUGCCAUCGAUUGGAUAGCCAGGCACAUGUAUUUCUCCUCGGGCCAAAUCGUCUGCACCAUUCUCGCAAGCACUCUGCAGGGUGAAUUCACAACGCACAUUCACGAAAAUUUGAAUAUGGUAGACAGCAUCGCCUUGGAUCCAGCCAAUGGCAAAAUGUAUUGGAUACAUUCUACACACGAUUCAUCGCUGUGGCAGCUGGAGCAAUCGAAUCUUGAUGGAUCGGAACGUUUUGUUAUACACACGCACAACGACAGCAUGCAAAGUUUGACCAUGGACUUUGACUCGCAGCGCUUGUAUUAUUCCUAUGAUAACUCGGGCAUCGCCUAUUAUGAUAUACCCAAAAAUGAAACGCAUCGGGUGUUGGUGGCCAGCCAAAUUACAUCGAUCAACUCGCUAACUGUGUACAAUGGUAGCAUAUAUUUUCCAGAAAAUAUCCAGAGCGUCAUCAUGCAUUGCGAGAAGGAGCAGUGCCUGAAUAUGUCAUUCCUGCGAGUUAACACAAAGAGUAUUCAGAGCAUGAAAAUGUUCUAUGCGGAUGCCCAAACUGGAACGAACACUUGCGCUGGACCUAUGCGUGGAGGCUGUGAGCAUCUUUGCCUAUCCAUAUCGCCCACGGAGCACGUUUGUCGCUGCGCCUUGGGCUAUGAUGUGGAACCGCAUAAUCCGACACGUUGCAUACCACGCGCUGAGUUUAUAUUCUAUUCGAUUGAUGUUAUGCUGGGCGUGGAAAUGAUUGACCCCAGUGAACCGUUUGAGCCACCCAAACCGGCUCUUGUUCCCAUUUCCCGCAUCAGCUCGGCAAGCUUCAUUGAAUAUCAUGCUGCCACGGAUAUGCUUUACUGGGGCGAUAAUGAAUUGGGCACCAUUUCGCGCGUGCGACGUGAUGGUAGCCAUCGUGAUACCAUAUUGGAGGCCAUCAAUUUGGCUGGCCAUAAGCAACAUGAUUGGCUCGGCGGCAUUGCUAUUGAUUGGAUCGCAGGCAACAUUUACUGGAGCGAUACGAAGCGCAAUAUCAUUGAAGUAGCUCGUUUGGAUGGCAGUCAUCGAUAUGUCGUUGUCUCGAAUGUGGAGAAACCGACUGCAUUGGCUGUGGAUCCCUUGCAGGGACUGCUUUUCUAUGUCGCCCAGCAGCACAUUGGACGCACCGGCCUGGAUGGCAGUCAACCAUUUGUGCUGGUCAAUCAAACGAGUGCCAGUUGGGCGGUGAAUAGUCUGAUUGUUGACAUGGAUGCCACCAAGGUCUACUGGUGUGAAACAUAUCCCGACGCACUAAUGAAAGUCGAUUAUGAUGGCAACUUGCGGGAGCAGCUCUUAAAUGAUACGCACAGCAAGCCUGUGACGCUGGCCAAACUGGGCGAUUAUCUCUACUGGGCGGAGAACAAGUACAGUGAGGGUUCCAUUCGGGUAGCACCGCUGACCAAUCUCUCGCAAUCGCAACUCAUACUAAAAACGGAACAGGAUCCCAUCAGAGAUUUGAAGAUUUACUCCAAGCGCGUGCAGCACGGUAGCAAUCCGUGUGCCCAGAAUAAUGCAGGAUGUGAGCAAUUGUGUCUGUUCAAUGGGACCACUGCCAUUUGCGCCUGUUCGCACAGUCGCCUCGCCGCCGAUGGAUUUAGCUGUGAACCUUAUGAGAAUUUCCUGCUGUUCAGCUAUCGCAGCAACAUCGAGAGCAUUCACAUGACGGAGCACGCCAACAAGAACUGGCCCGUCCAGCUAAUAUCGAAUGCGACGCUAAUGCGCAAUGUGAUUGCCAUCAGUUAUAACUAUGAGGCACAGUUGGUUUACUACUCGGAUGUGCAGCUGAGCACCAUCAAUCAGGUGCACUUCAAUGGCAGCGAUCAGCGUGUGCUCGUCACGCAGCAGGGACGCGUUGAGGGAAUAGCCUUUGAUAUGGUCAACGAGCAACUCUUCUGGACCUCAAACAAUGAUGCAGCGAUACGCAGUCUGGAGAUGUUGCAUCUAUCGCCGCAGGCCGAACAGAAUUUGCCGCAUGUGCGGAAUGUGCUGUCGCUGCAGAGCAAGGAUAAACCGCGCGGUAUUUCAGUGGAGCCAUGCCUGGGCAUGAUCUACUGGACGAACUGGAACGAGCAGUCGCCAAGCAUACAGCGUGCCUAUCUCACUGGCUACGGCGUGGAGCGCAUUAUACGCACCGACAUUAAAAUGCCAAAUGCCUUGACUUUGGACCUGGAACAGCAACAAUUGUACUGGGCUGAUGCACGUCUCGAUAAGAUUGAGCGUGCCAAUUAUGAUGGCACUAAUCGCGUGGUGCUCGCUCACACAACGCCUAAACAUGCCUUUGCCAUGGCCGUGUAUGGUGAUCUAUUGUUCUGGACGGAUUGGGUGCUGCACGCUGUGGUCCGUGCGAAUAAAUACACAGGCACCGAUGUGCUGUUCCUGCGCGAGCAUGUGGCUCGACCAAUGGGCAUUAUAGCGGUGCAGAACAGCAGCAUCAAUUGCGAUGCGAAUCAGUGUAAAAUAUUGAAUGGUCUCUGCGAGGAUGUGUGCAUCUUGAGCAAGAACGGUUUGGCCAGUUGUCAUUGCACCCAGGGUGUCCUGGCGCCCGACGGACGGCGCUGCAUUGCGCCCGUAAAUACGAGUUGUGGCAAGUCUCAGUACAAUUGCCAUUCGGGCGAGUGUAUACCCUUGGAGCUGACAUGCGACAAUGUGACGCAUUGCUUGGAUGGCUCCGAUGAGCUACGCAAUUAUUGUGUGAUCCGGCAGUGUCCCGAUAACUAUUUCAUGUGCCAAAACCAUCGUUGCAUUGCGCAGGACCAGACCUGUGACGGUGUCCAGCAGUGUGGAGAUGGUAGCGAUGAGACGCCCCUGCUCUGCAAGUGCCAGCCGCAGCAAUUCCGUUGCGGCAGCGGGGAGUGCAUCUCGCGCAGCUACGUUUGCGACAAUAUGCGUGACUGUCGCGACUUCAGCGACGAGAAGAACUGCACUCAAAGGACCUGUGAGCAGGGCGACGCUCUGUUCGAGCACUGUGCGAAUAGCAGCCUGUGUAUUAUGCCCUCGUUUCGAUGCGAUGGCGAACCGGAUUGUCCCGAUGGCACCGAUGAGAUUGGUUGCGGCAAUUUAACACGCGCCACCUGCGAAUUGGAUCAGUUCCGUUGCUCGAAUGGACACUGCAUUGCUGGUACUUGGCGCUGUGAUGGCGAGAACGAUUGCAUGGACGAUGUCGGCGAUAAUGGCAGCGAUGAGUUGAACUGCCGUUCCAGUUGCCAGGUUAAUCAGUUUAGAUGCGACAACGGCUGCAUUCCCAGCAGCUGGCAGUGUGACGGUAAAAGCGAUUGUGAUGAUGGCACAGACGAGGGCCCGCAGUGCCCAAAUCGUCCGUGCCGCGCUCAUCUGUUUCAGUGCAAGAGUUCCGGACGCUGCAUACCACAGAAGUGGGUGUGCGACGGCGAACUGGACUGCCCCAGCAACGGGGAUCAGGGCUCCGAGGAUGAGGGACCACACUGUGGCGGCAUUGCCCACAUACCCGAUUGCCAGCCACCCGCUUUCCUCUGCUCUAGUGGUCUGUGCAUCGAUUCGCAUUAUGUGUGCGAUGGCGACGAGGAUUGUCCCAGCGGCGAUGACGAGUACGAGGGCUGUGAGCCCGUCUAUCCGCUGCACGCCUGUCCAGGUGGUGUCCUUAUGCAUCAGUGCCAGGAUGGCCUGUGCAUCUUCAAAAACCAAACCUGCGAUGGCAAGCCGGACUGCGGUGAUGGCUCCGAUGAGUUGGCCUCGCUCUGUGCUCACACCCGUGCCUGCAAUGGUGCCGAUGAUUUUCGCUGCAAGAAUGGGGCGUGCAUCAGUGCGGAUUUGUUGUGCGACAGGCGCAACGAUUGCGGCGAUUACUCGGAUGAGGAGCACUGCAAUGUGAAUGAGUGCCUCAUACCGGAUAUAUGCGAGCACGAGUGCGAGGACAAGGUAGUGGGCUACAAGUGCCUAUGUCGGCCCGGCUAUAGGCUCUUGGCCAACAGCUUGCGUCUCUGCACAGAUAUUGAUGAGUGCGAUGAACACCAGCCGUGCUCGCAGAUCUGCGUCAAUACCUACGGCUCGUACAAGUGUCUGUGCGCCAAGGGCUAUGAGUUGCGUGAUCACCACACCUGCAAAGCAACAAGCAAUGUGACCAUGAAGCUCAUCUUCUCCAAUCGCUACUACAUUCGUCAGGUGAAUCACACCGGCAACGGCUCCAUACUCAUUCACUCCCUAUCGAAUGCGGUCGCCUUGGAUUUCGACUGGGAUAGCCAGUGUCUGUAUUGGUCGGACGUGACCAGCACUGUGGGCACCAUAAAACGCCAUUGCCCGGCGGAGAACAAAACCCAAACGCUGCAUCAGGCCAUGCUUAAGAAUCCGGAUGGCCUCGCCGUGGAUUGGGUGGCAAAGAAUUUGUACUGGUGCGACAAGGGGCUGGAUACCAUUGAGGUUUCGCAGCUGGAUGGCAAGUAUCGGCGUGUGCUCAUCAAUGAACAUCUGCGUGAGCCGCGUGGCAUUGCCUUGGAUCCGUACCAGCGGCACAUCUAUUGGUCCGAUUGGGGCGACAAUCCUCACAUUGGCAAAGCCGGCAUGGAUGGCUCCCAGCCGCGCAUGAUAAUACGCGAGAAUCUGGGCUGGCCAAAUGCGUUGACCAUUAGCUUUGAGACGCAACAGAUAUUCUGGGGCGAUGCCAGAGAGGACACAAUAUCGGUCAGUGAUUUGGAUGGCAAAAAUACACGUCUAUUGCUGGCGCGAAGCAUUAAUCCCAAUUUGAAUCUGCAUCACAUCUUUGCCAUUGCCGUGUGGGAGGAUCGGAUCUAUUGGUCCGACUGGGAGACAAAGUCCAUUGAGUACUGCAACAAAUACGAUGGCCAGAACUGUUCCACACUGAUCACGACCAUACAUAGACCCAUGGAUUUGCGUGUCUAUCAUCCGUAUCGCCAGCAGCAGCCAUUGAGCGGCAAUCCCUGCUUGGCGGCCAACUGUUCCACACUGUGUUUGCUGUCGCCCGAGGCGCCCUACUAUAAGUGCGCUUGUCCCAACAAUUUUGUGCUCGCUGACGAUGGCCGAACGUGUCGGGCCAAUUGCACGGCGGCGCAUUUUGAGUGUGUGAACACGUACAAAUGUAUACCGUUCUAUUGGCGCUGUGAUACGCAGGACGAUUGCGGGGACGGCAGCGAUGAGCCGGAGUCUUGCCCGCCCUUCAACUGCGAGCCGGGUCAGUAUCAGUGCGGCAACAAGAAGUGCGUUCAUCCCUCAAACAUUUGUGAUGGCCUCAAUCAGUGCGGCGACAGCACGGAUGAGCUCAACUGUGAUAAGUUCACCUGUUUUGAGAACCAAAUGAAGUGCGAAGCAUCCGCAAAUAGUUCGGCAUUUUGUGUGGACAGCGUCAAGCGAUGCGAUGGCGUCAAGGAUUGUCCCGCUGGCGAAGAUGAGGCUGGCUGUACGCCACUCGUUUGCAAAAAGGAUCAAUUCCAGUGUGGCAACAAUCGGUGCAUGCCCUAUGUCUGGGUGUGCGAUGGCGACACUGAUUGCCCCGACAAAUCCGAUGAGGCCAAUUGCGAGCAUGUCUCGUGUGGACCCAACGAUUUUCAAUGCAACUCGGGUCGUUGCAUACCACUGACAUGGCGCUGCGACGACGAGGAGGAUUGCCCCAAUGGCGAAGAUGAGCCGCCCAGUUGUCACACCUCGAAGGCCACCUGUGAUCCCACUUACUUCAAGUGCAACAAUUCCAAAUGCAUUCCAGGACGCUGGCGCUGUGAUUACGAGAAUGAUUGCGGCGAUGGCAGCGAUGAGCUCAACUGCCAGAUGCGCAACUGCUCUGAGAGCGAGUUCCGUUGCGGCACCGGCAAGUGCAUCAAACACGAUUUCCGCUGCGAUGGUGAGAUCCAUUGCGAUGAUAGCAGCGACGAGAUCAACUGCAACAUCACCUGCAAGCCCAAUCAGUUCAAAUGCGCUGCAUUUAACACAUGCAUCAACAAACAAUAUCAAUGUGAUGGCGAUGAUGACUGUCCCGAUGGCUCUGAUGAGGUUAACUGUACGUGUCCGCCGGAUCACUUCACCUGCGGCAAUGGCAAGUGCAUAAUGUCGCGCUGGAAAUGCGAUGGCUGGGAUGAUUGUCUGGAUGGCAGUGACGAGAGCUAUGCCACCUGUGCCCAUGCGCAUUGUCACUACAACGCCUUCAAGUGUGCGAAUCUGCUCUGCAUACGCAAAUCGGCGCUUUGCGACGGUGUCAACGAUUGUGGCAAGAACGAGGAUGAGUCGGAUCAAGUGUGCGCCGCAUUGCCCAAGUGUCGGCACGAUCAGUUCCAGUGCGAGAACGAUGAUUGCAUCUCGAAGAGCUUCCGCUGUGACGGGCAGUACAAUUGCAUUGAUGGCUCCGAUGAGAUGAAUUGCCAGCCGCCGGUUUGUGGUUUUGGCACUUGCUCACAGAUUUGCAUUGAGAAGAAGGCGGGGCACUACAACUGCAAGUGCACGACUGGUUAUGAGAAGGGCGCGGCGAGGAAUGCGACGUGUCUGGCAUCGGGGCCGGAUCAGAUAUUGCUGUUGGCCUCGGAGCAGGAGUUCCGUUUUAUAUUGCCCGCCAAGCAGGAGGGCACCACUGUUGUCGGUUUCUUCCAAACUGAUAGCUUAAAGAUUGAUGUCUUUGACAUACUCAUCAGGCCAAAGGAUACGCUGCUCUUCUGGAUCGAUUCGCAUCACGGCAAAGUGCACACUAUGAAAAUUGCCACGCCCCAUGUGGAGGGCAGUGGCGUACGUGUUCGUCGUGAUCUUAAGGAACUGACUGCUUUCAAUAUUCCCGAUCUGGACGAUCCUAAGUCGUUGGCUGUGGAUUGGAUUACCCAAAUGGUUUACAUUAUUGAUUCACGUCACAAUCAAAUCAUUGCCACUGAUAUUGAGGGCAAGAAGUACAUCUCACUGGUAUCCACCGGCAUGAAUCCCACGGAUAUUGUGCUGGAGCCUGAGUCGCGUGUGAUGAUCUGGUCGACUCUAGAGAAUGGCAUAUUGGUUGCCUCGCUGGAUGGCAGCAACAAGAAGAGCCUUGUCGAGCGGGAUGUCGGCUGGCCAAUUAGUCUCUCCAUAGACUAUCCAACGGGUCGCCUUUAUUGGGCAGAUUAUCGCAAGGGCACAAUUGAGACGUGCCGCCUGAAUGGCAAGGAUCGCAAUGUGGUGCGACGCUUCGGCAAUCGCGAGAAGCCGCAAAAGAUUGAUGUGUUUGAGGACUAUCUGUACAUCAAGUUGUACGAUCAGAGCAUCAUUAAGAUGAACAAGUUUGGCAAUGAUAACGGCACCUAUUUGCUAAAGGGCUACCGAUCCUCGGACAUUGGCAUUCUGCAUCCAAUGAAGCAGAAUCGCAACAUAAGCAAUCCUUGCGGUAAGGAUCCCUGCAAAGCAUCGCGUGCUCUUUGCAUACUCUCAACGGAAUCAGCCAACGGUUACAGUUGCAAGUGCCCCAACGACUAUGUGAUGAGCGAGGGCAUUUGCAAGGCGCACUCCGACAUACCAAACUAUUGUCCGUUGCUCUGUAAUCUUGGCACGUGCCAGCUGGUGAAUCAUGUGCCCAAAUGCAUUUGUCAGCCGCAGUUUGAAGGUGAGCUGUGCGAGCACUAUCGCUGCUCUGGCUACUGCCUCAACUAUGGAUUGUGUACGGUGGCGCCACAGUUGCCUGGUCUGCAGGAUCCACCGCCACUUAAGUGCACAUGUCCGCCCAACUGGUCGGGAGCACGUUGCGAGACUUCGGUGUCGGAUUGCCAGAGCCGUUGCCAUAAUGGCGGCGCGUGUCUCGUCUCCGACACGGAGGGCAUGAAGUGCAGUUGCCCGGACAUGUAUGUGGGUGAUCAAUGCGAACACUGCCUGAAUCUGACCUGUGAGAAUGGCGGCAUUUGCCGCGAGACAAUCACAGGCGCACCACAAUGCGAGUGCCCCGAUGGAUAUACGGGCAAGCGUUGCGAGAUCAACGAAUGCGCUGAUUUCUGCAAAAACGGCGGCACAUGCAGCAUCGGCGCCAAGGGACAACGCCAGUGCAAGUGCCCCAGCGGCUACUACGGAGAGCACUGUGAAGCCAAUUCCUGUCGCGAUUUUUGCCAGAAUGGCGGCACCUGCACGGAUCGUGGACAUCGCUUGACCUGCACCUGUCCAACCCGCUACAUUGGCGAUCGCUGCGAAUCGGAUCUGUGCAAAACCUCGAAUCCACCACGCUUCUGUGAUGUCUCUCAGCUGCCGUCGCGCAAUCCCUGCACGGGCAUCAUUUGCCAGAACUCGGGCACCUGCCACGUAAUCAAGGGCGUUGCCAUGUGCAACUGCACAGAUCAGUGGAACGGCGAGUUUUGUACUCUGCCGGUGGGCGAUAAUAAUCCCUGUGUGCGCUAUUGUGCCAAUGGUGGCGUCUGCCACCUCAAUGUGUAUUCCCUGCCCCAUUGCACCUGCAUUGGCGAGUGGCAGGGCGAUUAUUGUGAGUUGCCACCGCAUUGUGUCGGUGAGUGUAGCGUCUGUCGAACGGGCAGCUCCAUCAAUGAGUGCUUGUGCGACAACAAGCGAGUGGUGCCCUGUCUCGCUGAGAGCGCUGUCGCCUUGAAUGGCGAACAGGAUCAGAUGGAUUCAGCCAGUUGGGUCUCGGUGCUGGCCGUGGUCUUAGCAAUAGCCACAUUGCUAGUGGCACUCUUUGGCGGUGCAGUUUAUUUGCUCAAAAAACAUCGCAUUGCGCAACCAUUUACACAUGCUCGUCUCACGGACAAUGUGGAGAUCAUGCUAACCAAUCCAAUGUACCGAGGCGAUGUCGAUGAGGCGCCGCCCUUCGCACAUGAGGAUGAUAAGGUACUGAAAAUCUCACUAUUAAAUGUGCAGCAACUAAGCCAACAUUUUGCAUUCUUGCAGGGCAACUUUGCAAAUCCCGUAUAUGAAUCGAUGUAUGCGGAUGCGAUUGCGGAGCCGGCGAGUGCGGAAAUAGCGCACAGCACGGCGCCGGAUGAGAGGAAGGGAUUGCUACAGCAUACGCAUGACGAGACGCAUACGCCGGACAUACUCUGAUGAUUAAGUCGUGUUAGCCAGGAUCGCGAGCUGUGCUAAGCGCACUCACAGAUUGUACACUAAACACACACACGCACACACGUUAUCAAGCAUCACAUUUAAAUCCAAAUCCAAACCGACUUCAACACGAACAAUGGACUGAUAGCGUAGCCAUAUUACGAAUUUUGUAAACGUUUUUUAUACAUUUUGUUUCCCUAAUUGUUUAUUUUUUUUUUUGUGGGGUAAUAGUGGGAAAUGGGAGGGAGAAUGGUAGUCGAGGAGUGUGUGCCCAUCCAAAGAGCGCUGAACCUAAUUUGCAACUGGGGCACCUCCUUGCUUCAUGCGUAAUGUCCUUAAGAAUGAUGUCCUUAUACUCUAACUUGUAAACACUUCUUGUCAUAUUAUUCGUUUAAGCGCCUUUUAUUAUUGUCGCAAAGUUUACAAAAAUUUGCCUUCCUUACAUAAUGAUUUAAUUUUAUAAAACAACAACAAAACGCAUUUGUAAAUUUUGUAGUUCGUAGACUUAGUUAAAUAUCACGCAAACACAAAAACAAUUUUUGUAAAUAUUUUAUAAAUUGAACGCCCAAAUGGCAGCCUAGUUAACAUUUCAAAUAUGCACUAAACAUUUUGCCGAUUAGUGAAAAAUAUUAAUAUAUAUAUAAAACAAAAACAAAAACAUACAAUUAGCAAACUCGUGUUUUUCAAUUGACCAAAAAUCGUUGAAAAAUAAUUUACUAAGCAUACACAAAUUAUAACGCACAACAAACCGAAACAGAAAAGAAAAACGACAAAAAAUGAUAUAACGAACAAAUUUGCAUAUAAUACAGUUAAGUACAUUCAAAACAUAUGUGUAUUCAGAUAUAUACAUAUAUCUAAAUAUAUAUAAAUAAACACUUAGUUUGUCCCUUUUAAGAGCAAUCGAACGAAAACUGAUUUCCUGUAAAAAAUGAUAAUGCUCAGACGAAAGCCAAAUUUUAACAUUUACAAUGUAAAAACUUAACAACUAUACACAAUUAAAUGAUGUAUGAAUGUAAAGCAAUGUGCAAUACGUUAGUUAAACGUAUUAAGUAUAUUUAACAAUAUACGUGCACAAAAUAAAUUCGAAAGCAAUU